AAAAGGCGUUAUGAUAAUGCAUAUAUAGUAAACGCAGAAAAACUUCAUCCUCUCCAACUACAAACAUCAGAGAGAGAAAAAAAAAAUCCAGAAGAAGAGGAGAACUGCAAAAUUACUGCUCUUUCUUCUUCUUCUUGAGGUAUUGUGAAAAUGGGUUCUUGUUUUUCUAAACAGCUUCAACGAAGAAAAGCAAUCCGUACUCAGAAGAAACUUCUUUGUGAUCUCAAGGAAAAAGAUAGCACCGAUUUCCCUGGUUCUGAUUAUUGCGUAGAUGACAGGAAAAAUUGGAUGUCAACACUCACCCCGGAUAAACUCCACGUGAAUAAGAUAAUUUGGCCUGGUACACAUGAUUCAGCGACUAACAAGAUAGGGAUCCCAUUUAUUUCCCGCCCUUUCGCCCGAACCCAAUCUCUCUCUAUUUACAAACAGCUGGCGAUGGGCGCCCGUGUUCUUGAUAUCAGAGUUCAAAAGGAUGGUCGUGUCUGUCAUGGCAUCCUAACUUCUUACAAAGUUGAUGUUGUCAUCAACGAUGUCAAGAAAUUCUUGUCGGAGACUCAAUCGGAGAUCAUCAUUCUCGAGAUUCGAACAGAGUUCGGACACGAUGAUCCACCGGAAUUCGACAAGUACUUGGAGGAUAAGUUGGGGGAAUUUCUUAUCCACCAAGAUGACUCUGUUUUCAACAAGACAGUGGCAGAGUUAUUGCCAAAGAGAGUAAUAUGCGUGUGGAAACCAAGAAAAUCUCCUGAGCCAAAACAUGGUAGUUCAUUGUGGAGUGCUAGGUAUUUGAAGGACAACUGGGUUGACACUGAUUUGCCUGAAACAAAAUUUGAGAGCAAUAUGAAACAUUUGAGUGAGCAGCAACCGGUGACAUCCCGGAAAUAUUUUUACAGGGUGGAGAAUACGGUGACGCCUCAGGCGGAUAAUCCGGUGGUGUGUGUGAAACCGGUGACGAAUCGGAUUCGUCCAUAUGCAAGGUUGUUUAUAAAGGAGAGUAUUUCUCGAGGUUAUGGUGAUCGGUUACAAAUAUAUUCAACUGAUUUCAUUGAUGAAGAUUUUGUGGAUGCUUGUAUUGGGCUAACAAAUGCAAGGAUUGAAGGCAAGCUAUGAAGCGAAGGUCUUACACAUUUGCUUCAAGAAUUUGAGAAUUACCAGUUGUGUGUAAUUGUUCAGUGUACUCAUCUCAUCAGGUUCGUUUGUGUAUUGUUUAGUUACCACUUGUUACUUUGUAAAAAUUAUUUGAUUUGGAAUUUGAGAUUCUACAUGUACGUAAUUCAAUUGUGUGUAAACUAAAUUAUAGGUAAGUUGUACCCAAUUCCACAUUGUUUGGAAAUCCAUGUACCUUUCUAUUUUAAUUACACUGGCAGUUUUCAUUAUCA